UCCUACAAUUUAGACGUUUGAAGCUUUUAUACUUGUGUCUAAAUGGUAUUGUCAGUAUUUCUCUUGGUUUAUGCCUAGCCUAAGUUGCUAUCAGCAGCAGAUAAAUUGAUGUUAAAAUUGUGGCGAAAGUUCGUGUAUGAAAUACAGGACCUGCUGACAUAAACUUUGGGACUAAAGGUGCUGUUUUAAAAAAUAAUCUAAGUUGAAUUCUGCUCCUGUGGCGUGAUGGUGGUGAAAAAGAAGGCACCCAAAGUUGAGGCUUUGGUUUUGGAUGAAGAGAAACUGCACCACUUAUUAGCAUCUCUAUCUAUAGAUGGAGGACACGAUGGAGUGAGACAGGUUGCACACACUCUGCAGUCUUGUUUGGAGCUAAAAGAUCCAGUGCAGCAGAUCCAGUUGGUCAAAAAGGUUGGUUCACAGCUGGAGGCACUCGGCGAAGAGCAAACGGAUGAAGCGCUUUUAGGAGCAUGUCUGCACACAUUGGCCUUGGUCUACAUCUCCCAGCAGGCCAAGAACCCUUUGCGAAGAGCCAUUGCCAGCGCCCUGAGUUUAGUACCAGCCCGGCUUCAGGAGCAAACCACAGCUUGUCUGUGUGCGUGCUUGUCCGACUGUUUGUCUGACGCCAAUCCAGACUGGUACUCGCACGUUGUGGACACCAUCGCCGGCUGUAUGGACGGCUUCCUUCUGGGUGAGGGAUGCAUCGAUAAAUUACUCCCAGAAGUGUUGCAGUUUCUUUAUAAGGGAUUAUUUGAAUGCCUUCAUCAAAACAGUGGCCUACAAGGCAGACACCUUGCUCAAGCCCAGCUGAUGCGUUCCUGUCUGAUGGCGGUGAAAACGUCAAUGCUAGUCAUUCAGAAAUGUCAGGGCAGUGUUACUGCUGCCUUGCCCAUCAACCGGUCACUGGUGGACACGUUGAGCAGCCUGCUGGCCUGCUACAUGCAUAUUGUCACCGACGAGGAGUUCAUCCAGGCAGUUCAGAGCACAGCCGGCAUGGCCAUCGUCCUUUUAAUCAGAUCUGUGAUGGGCUCUGGAGAUGAAGUUGCGACUGUGGUGUGCAGUUUGCUGCGUGGCUCCGCGCACGGCUUGGAUUGUGCGCCUCUGUGGCUCAAGCAGAGGUGUGAGCGUCUGUGUACGGGUGCACGCCCCCCCGGUGUCUCCGUGUAUCUGUGUCAUGGGGCUCUGGCCAUGCUGAACUGGAAGGGGGCUCUUCCUGGCCCGCAGUGGGAAACGCUGCUGCUGCUGGUAGCAGACACGCUGCUGGAUGUGGAUGCCAGUAUGAAAGAGUUUAGUACCGUGAUGGUGGUAGCUCGAGUCCUGACCCUAUGGAGCCGGGCUGCCCUGGAGUACCUGCAGGGAGAGAAGCACCUCCGUUCCCCGAACCUUCAGCAGUCCCUGAGUGGACGGUCAGAUUUACACAGACGUCUCCUGGAGCAUAUCUUCUCACACUGGGAGCAUCCCUUGGAUGGAGUUCGCCAGCAGACACACUCCCUGUUCCGGAACCUCCUUCUACUCCAUCAACACACCAGUUCCUCCAGCUCAGACUCGGCACCGGACGGCUAUGUCUUGGAGCUCGUGCAAAGACUGCUGCAGCUGGAGUGGCACAUGAGAGGAAAAUACGGAGCCCUAGGGUGUCUCGUUGACAUCUACGGUGCCGGGCACCUGCUGGAAUUGCAACCACAGCUACCUUCAUGUCUCCUGGAUCUGAUGAGCGACCAGACCUUGGCUCCGUAUGCCAGCGACCUGCUGGAAAGGCUUUUUAUCAGCCAUAAACAACUGCUUGCAGCUGAAGCCCGCACGAAAGAAACGGGUGCAGAAGACUGGAUGGAACGCUGGCACCGGAUGUGGGUCACCCCCUUACUGCAGGUGUUGUGCGGUGCCAGGGUGGACCAGACCAGUUACAUUUUGGAUUAUUUUUUACCUAAAUUGCUGCGCUGUAGCCCGUCCAGUCUGAUGCAUAUGGUGCAGGCCCUGCAACACAGAACGUCACGCUGCAUAGGUUCGUCUGACAGCAGGGGGGCACUCGGGGCCCUCAUGACAUGCCUGCGGGCGGCCAGGGCUCAGGGCGUGAUGCAGACUCCACAAGAAGGUCUUUGGGGGGGACUGGUGCCCCUCAUCUUACUUCGCCAAGCAUUGAUACACAAACAUGAUCAAGUGAGGAUGGAUGCUUUGGGUUUGGUGUGCGAGAGCAACCGCAGCACUGAGGUUCUGACCUCGCAGGAAAUGGACCUCAUCCGCCACUUCCUCCUUCCCAACCUCAACAGCCAAUCACCGGGUGUCAGACAGCAGACCAUCAGUCUGUUCAAGAAGAUGCUUUGCAGGGUAAAGGACAGCGCACAGAUGCUGCAGAAGAAACAGAGCCAAGAAAGAGAGCAGGAGCAGAGAGACAGAGAUCUACAAACGUUAAGUCUUUAUAAGGAAUUCCUGAACUGGUUAUGUACAACGUUGUUUGAGGUUCUGCUUCCUGGAGCUUCUUUUUCUAAAUGCCUGAUGUCCCUCCACUUGCUUGGUGAACUCGCUCAGCUCUUCACUUUUGACGUUGGACCUGAUGGUUUUGCCCUGGGUGAUGUUGUGACCCCUACGUAUGCUCAGAAUGUCCUCUACUGUGUCGCAAGCAACUUUCUGGAAGUCAAAUUACUGGCUUCAACGUUACUAGGGAAACUUCCUCCCUCUGUUGUGGGACUCCAGGAACAAGCGAGGAUGUGCUACGUACUUCAGGCAGCGUUGGACCUGAGCACCAGCACCAAACCCUUUGACAGCGUCACCGCUGCCCACCUGCUAAACCUGCUGCUCCGCCAGCCCAAUCUGAGCCUGGAACUACGACAGUGCGCCCGGGAGCAGGGAAUUGACUUCCAGCCUCCCUCCUCGCUUCCAUCGGCGCCUGAUGCUCUGGAGGUUAACACGUUGGCUGUGAUCCAGUUCUUGCUGCUUUGUCUGCAGUUGGAGGUCUCCAAAGCAGAGUCUUUCCUCUUGCAGGCCGCUGCUUCGUCUCCUCUCUAUGGCAGAGUCCACUGCAUUACUGCCGUCCUGCAGAGUCUGAACACAGAGACUUUGCAUCACACAGAGGAAUGGAGGCGUCUGGUGUCGGAGCUCAUUGCUGUGUGUUACAGGUUGUCUGAUGUGGCCUCUCCUGUGGUUCAGAGCUCAUCCCCAGAGGGGCUCAUCCCCAUGGAUGCCAGUACAGACACCUCGAGCGGACUGCAGAGGAUACUGCAGGAGAUUCAACCCAGGGACACCAACGAUUUCUUUACCAGCCCCAGAGAGCUGGAUACGCAUUAUGAAGAAGACCAGUCAGAACAUCGGACCUCAUGCGUAACGUCGCCAGGCACUGUGUGCGGGCAUACUCCAGGUGGCGAGGACUACAGGGUGACAGCCCAGAUGGUGCUGGUGUGCUGCUGGCGGAGCAUGAAGGAAGUGGCCAUGCUGCUGGGGCAGCUGUGUCAGAGCCUGCCGCUGCACUACACCGGUGACAAAGCAUGCGUGCAUGCUGGGAUCAUCACAGAGGAACAGGUGAAGGGGGUCGGCUUGUAUUUCCGUCAGCAACUUCUCCAAUCCCGUCAUCGUGGCGCCUUUGAACUGGCUUAUGUGGGCUUUGUUCGCCUCACUGACAUGCUAUGCAGGAGUGGAAGUAAAGUCCUGCAGCAGCUUCCAGCCUAUUGGCUCUCCAAGGUCCUGGAAGAGGUCAAAUCCAGUGACCCUUUGUCCAAAUUGUGUGCUACCCGACGCAGUGCUGGAAUACCCUUCUACAUUCAGGCUCUUUUGUCUUCCGAGCCGAAAUCGUCAAGUUGCAGUUUGUUGAAAAUGACAAUGAAAGAAUUGAUCGCCCUCGCCAUGCCUGCCGCUGACAGGAACACAGACAACGACACUGUUCCUCAGGUCCAUGCUCUGAACAUUCUGAGAGCUCUUUACAGGGACACACGUCUGGGAGAAAACAUUAUUCCUUUUGUGUCCGAUGGAAUGCAGGUUGCUGUCCUCGGCUUCACCUCUCCUGUGUGGGCUGUCAGGAAUUCUUCGACUCUUCUCUUCAGCACUCUGAUCACAAGGAUCUUUGGAGUGAAGAAAGGGAGGGAUGAACACGCGAAAAAAAACAGGAUGACAGGCAGAGAGUUUUUUACUCGUUUCCCUGCCCUUUAUUCGUUCCUCCUGAACCAGCUCAAGGAGGCUGCAGCCACGGUGGAAAGUGACAGCGGUCAGGUGAAGCUUCAUCCCAGCCUUUUCUUGCUGCUGCUGGUACUCAAUCGACUCUACCCUUCGCCGAUGGAUGGCACCUAUUCACCAAUGGGACUUGCGCCUUUCAUGCCGUUUAUUAUCAGAUGUGGCCGUUCGGCGGUGUAUCGGACCCGAGAGAUGGCAGCCCGAGCUUUGGUUCCUUUUGUACUGCUCACUCAGAUCCCAUCCACCAUACACUCUUUGCUUCGGGAUCUUCCUCCACACUCUGGACCUCAAAUCCAAAACAAUAGCAUUCAUGGGACACUGCUGCAGGUGCUGUUUCUUCUGCAGUCCUACCGGAGUGAGUCACACAGACCCCCGCCAGCCGAGAACGGAAUCGGCGAGGCUGUCCUUCAGCGCAUGUGGCUCGCCUCUCGAGAGAACAGCUGUGUGGUCACCAGAGGAGCUUUUCUGGAUGUGCUGGUCUGCCUGUGUGGGCCAAAGAUGAGUCUUUUGUGUGAUCCCGAGGUCAACAAUCUCCGUCAGGAGACUCUGUCCAUCCUAUUGACCUCAACCCUGGUCACCAACAACCCCGCAGCCACAGCCAAUAUGGAGCCCGGCAACACCCAGUACAUGCUCAGCCUUGCCAAGGUGGCCCUCAGUGCCAGCGUGGACGUCCCCGAGCUGUGGGGAAGGUCCCGGCUUACGUCUCAGCUCCUGGAGCGCUUGCUUCAAUGCCCAUUGUAUGAGGUGAGAGAGCUGGCUCUGGAGAGGAUCCUGAGCGGACUGGAAAAGGAAGAAGACCAGGAAGCGAAACCCGCAUGGCUAAACGAGACCACCCUGUGGAACCUGACAUGCUUAGCUUUUCAUGAAACGCACCCCCAAUGUCUGACCAAGGUCCUCCAAGUGUUGAGUGUGUUGCACUGUGGCGGCGAGCUCCACUGGACGGAUGGUGUGCAGCAUUUGUCUCGAGACAAGGUCCUGCUGCAUCUUCUUGCUCUCGCUCAGAGGGCUGUACACAGCGUGGAACUCUAUUGUGCAGCCAUGACACUUCUUUCUCAAGUGGUAAUCCAAACUCUGAACUCUGACCCAAAGGGUCCAAGCACGGAGACUUGCUUAUGUCAGUGGGCGGCGCUGGUGUGCUCAUGCUGCAGUGAAGAGCAGCCGGUGGAAGUGAAGCUGAUGGCUGCCAAGGUGUUGGUCAACUCAACAGGUUCAAUGCUCACCAACUCUAAGCUACCACUCGGUCUCGUCAGCACAGUCUCUCUGUGGAGGAGUUUGUUUACGCUGUUGCAAGAUGAAGACCAGGAAGUUCGAGGUUUUGCAGCGGAUUUCAUUGCUAAUGCACCGGCUCAUCUGAUUAGUGCAGAUGUGACGGGUGUAUCAGUAUGUCCUCCCGUGGGCUUGGACAUCGGUGUGGGUCUCUUGUGUCGCCUGUUGGAAGUGUGGAAUCAAGUCCCUGCAGGCGUUCUCGCUCUGACAGAGUGGCUGCUGGGAGAUUUAGAAGGCAAUGAGGAGGCAGCGGCAGAAGAAAGCUCCGUUCUGGAUGAAGAGGAUUUCCUGUUUGAAAAGGGCGACCUAAACCUUUGGGCCGAGCCGGUCCAGUGGGUGAAGCUUCUUCACAGACACCUCAUCGCCCUCGUUCUGGCCUACAAGCAGACCCACGAGUCUGGAGCUUUGGAGCUGGAAGAGGCUCAACAAAUCUCCACGCUGGCCUCCAAGGCCCAAACCAAGGUCGUGAACACCAAGCAGGCUCUGCUGUCCCUCCCAGUCCUGCCCCAGUUCUCCUGCACCGUGGAGCACACUCACCUGGAACUGCAGCAGCAGAGGGCCACCCUGGCGCUGGAUGUGCUGGAGACAUUCAGGUAGUCGGACAACUUGGGUAGCGAAUCCCAUGAGGGAUAUCUUUACUGGUCAUGAGACCUCAGACUGAGACUAUGGCCUGUUUGUUUUUUUUUACUAUGUGCUCACUUACUUGAUUUUUAAAAUGAAAUACUGUACAUGCACCCCUUCUACUCAAGGUGGUAUCUGCCCAAUCUGAGCGUUUGGACCGAAAGGACCGAAAUUUGCUUAUUUUAAGUAUUUUAUUAAAAGAAAGCCACUGGUAUCUUUUUAACAUUUUAAAAGACCCUGAACUAAGCACGGAAGACCCCUUUAACAAUGCAGUAGUCCCUCAUUUAUCGUGGUUAAAUGUUUCCAGACCCAUCAGUGACAUUUUAGUUUUAGCUUAAACCGUAGCUUGUUUUAGGGAUUAUUAUGCCUGUUCAAACUUGUAAUAAAAGCAUGUUGAUCCGA